AUGAUGUAUGGACAGAUCCUUCAUCCGCAAAGCCCAGAUGAUCACUUUAUUAAUGUCAAUGUUGGUGGUUUCAAACAGCGAAUAGAGCACGACGUUCUGAAUCGAUUCCCACAGACACGUCUUGGUCGACUCCUGUGUUGCAGCUCCGAAGAAGCAGUCCUGGAGCUCUGCGAUGACUUCACUCCUUCUGAAAUGGAGUUCUACUUUGACCGCAAUCCGCGUUUCUUCUGCUACGUUAUCAACUUUUACCUCACAGGCAAAAUCCACCUGGUGGAAGGGUUGUGCGUGGUGUCGUUUGUCCAAGAGAUUGAGUAUUGGGGCAUCAAGGAGCGCCACCUGGACUAUUGCUGCAGCAACACAUUUUAUGAACUGAGGCAGCUUGCUGAAGAUAAGAGCUGGGAUCAGAGAAGUGAUGAGUUGCAAAGCUCAGGCUCAUCUGUUGGGGAGCUGUCAACUAUGAAGGAUGACAUAGAAAUGUUUGAAGGUUCCUGGUGUGCAGAUGUUCGCAGGAAUAUCUGGAUUCGUCUUGAGGAUCCAGCCUACUCUACUUCUGCCAAAGUGAUGGCUGUAGCAUCCUUAUGUGCGGUGAUUAUCUCCAUUGUUGCCAUGUGCGUCCACAGCAUGCCAGACUUUAAUCAAAUGGAUCACAAUGAGAGGGAGAUUGAAAACCCAGUUCUGAAUUUUUUUGAGAACCUCUGUGUCCUGUUCUUCUCUGUAGAAUUUCUUCUUCGUCUUGCUGUUGCACCAUCAGCCAGGAAGUUCUUGUGCAGCCCUCUCAAUGUCAUUGACCUAAUGUCAAUUAUGCCCUUCUAUUUUACUCUAGCUUGUGAUACACUGGCUGAUAGUGAGAACACAGACCUUGAAAAUGUUGGAAAAGUGGUGCAGAUCUUGAGGUUGAUGCGAGUGUUUCGCAUCCUGAAGCUGGCUCGCCACUCAUCCGGCCUUCGCUCUCUCGGCGCAACACUGCGAAACAGCUCCAAUGAAGUAGGGCAGCUGGUGCUUUUCCUGUCUGUGGGCAUUUCAAUGUUUUCUGCUCUCAUUUACUCUGUGGAAAGUGAAUCUCAAGAGUCAGAGCUGCAGACUAUGCCUAUUGGCUGGUGGUGGGCCACCAUUAGCAUGACUACAGUGGGCUAUGGGGACACCUUUCCUGUUACGCUAGCUGGGAAGCUGGUUGGAACCCUCUGCAUCCUCUGUGGGCUGCUGAUCGUGGCUCUGCCUAUUACUAACAUCUUCAAUAAAUUCUCCAAGUUCUAUGAGAAGCAAAAACAGAUAGAAGCUAAAGCUGAACACUCUAGAGCAAAUACAGGAGUGUUACAAAGCAUUGAGUCUUAA